AUGCAGCCAGCGGCUGCCGCCUGCGGGGACUCCGGCCCCGGGCCGGGCGAGCCCAGCGGGCGAGCUCCGUGUGCCUCCGCCGGGCAACAGCAGCAGGAGCCGCCCCGGCUCCUCCAGGAGCUCGGCGCCUUCGUGGCCCGGGCGCUGUUCUGCCUCGCCCCGGUGUACCUGGCCGGCUCCCUGGGGCUGAGCACGAGCUGGGUGCUGGCGGGCUUGGGGCUGUGGAUGUGGUGGCGGUGGAACCGGCGCGGGAAGCGAUCCCGGCUCUCGGCGGCGUUCGGGCUGCUCGCGGAGGAGGAGAAGGAGGCGAUACACCAGGGCAUCGCUUCCCAGCACCUGCCUGCGUGGAUCCACUUCCCUGAUGUUGAACGGGUGGAAUGGCUGAACAAGGUCCUUGUGCAGGCCUGGCCGUACUUUGGGACAGUCAUGGAAAAAACACUUAAAGAAAAAAUUGAACCGAAGAUCAGAGCCAAGAAUGUGCACCUGAAAACAUGUACCUUUACCAAAAUCCACUUUGGAGAGAAGUGCCCUAAAAUCAAUGGAGUAAAGACUUAUACUAAGGAAAUUGAUAGUAGACAAGUGAUCCUGGACUUGCAAAUAAGUUAUAUAGGGGACUGUGAGAUUCACAUGGAAGUAUCAAAGUUUAAAGGAGGAGUGAAAGGAAUACAGUUACAUGGAACAUUACGGGUGAUACUGGAACCUCUCAUCACAGAUGUGCCUUUCUUUGGAGCCAUGACAAUGUUUUUUAUUCAAAAACCGUACUUGGAAGUCAACUGGGCAGGCCUGACCAACCUCCUAGAUGCCCCAGGAAUUAGUUUAAUGUCAGACACGAUAAUCCAAGACCUGAUUGCUGCCCGGCUGGUGUUACCAAACAGAAUCACAAUUCCACUGAAAAAGAACAUGAAAAUUUCCCACCUACGAUUCCCUAUCCCAUAUGGAGUAGUCAGAGUUCAUCUACUAGAAGCUGAAAACCUUGUCCAGAAAGACCACUUCCGGGGGAAGUCUGACCCUUAUGCUAUUCUUCGAGUUGGCUUGGCGCAGUUCCGAAGCAAGACUAUUCAACGAAAUCUUAAUCCCAUCUGGAACGAAAUGUCUGAGUUUGUUGUUCAUGAAGUGCCUGGUCAGGACUUAGAAGUGGACUUGUAUGAUGAAGAUCCAGAUAAAGAUGACUUUCUGGGCAGCUUACUUAUAAGCCUUGCUGAUGUAAUGAAUGACACAAUUGUUGAUGAGUGGUUUCCCUUAAGUAAGACUGCAAGUGGACACUUGCAUUUAAAGCUCGAGUGGCUUUCAUUAGUAACUGACCAAGAAAAACUACAUGAGGAUAAGAAUGGUCUAGCCACAGCAUUGUUAAUAGUCUAUUUGGACAGUGCUUGCAACCUUCCGAAAAAUCACUUUGAAUACUCAAAUGGUGAAUAUGGUGCAAAGAAGUUCAAAAACCAGAAAUACCUCAAGAAGAUGGACCGGGACCCUUCCUCCUACGUCCAGCUCACAGUGGGUAACAAAAUUCAGAAAAGCAAGACCUGCAACUUCAGUAAAGAUCCUGUGUGGGGCCAGGCUUUCACGUUCUUCGUCCACAGUGCACAGUCCCAGUCGCUUCAUUUGGAGAUAAAAGAUAAGGAUCGGGAGAAUGCGCUGGGAACUUUGGUUGUCUCUCUCUCCCACUUGCUAAAGGAUUCUGAGAUGACUCUUGAUCAGAAAUUUCAGCUGGAUCAUUCUGGUUUAGACAGUUUUAUUAAGAUGAAACUUGUGUUGCGGGUCUUGUGCAUCAAGGAACCUGAUCCACAAAGCACCUAUACUGGUGUUAAUGCCUUGAAGCAAGUUCCUGUACCUGCAGCAGAGAAGGAUGGAAACCAAUGCAAAAAUCCCCUACCAUCAAAAGCAGAACCCUCCAAAAUGCCCCAUGUGAGCAAAGACUCUGGAGUGCCUGAAUCCAAAGAAGCUAAGAAGGAGAGCAGUGCAGAUCUUACUGGAUCUGAGAACCCAGCAGGCCCUGCAGUAAAUGAGACUAUCGCUGAGCUUAAUGCACCAGCAGGGGCACACAAUCUGGAAUCCCAACCAUUGGUGACUCUACCCACAAGAACCCUGGAACACAACGCUGCCCCCAGUGUUGCUUCAUUGGGUUCUCUUGCCUCUUCAUGCUUUGAAUUAGAUCACAGCAAUCCGAACCUUCUUAAUGGAACUAAUCUAACUGGAGUGCUCCUGGGAGAGAUCCAGCUCACUGUGCGAUAUGCCUCUUUGCGACGGAGUCUCAUUGUGAUGGUAAAUAGUUGCAGAAACUUGAUGCCAGCUUCUAAUCGUGGAGUAGAUCCAUAUGUUCGUGUCUACCUGCUUCCAGAUAAAAGAUGGGCAAGCAGAAAGAAGACUACUGUUAAGAAAAAAACACUGAACCCCCAUUAUGACGAGAAAUUUGAAUUUUUUGAAGCUUUGGAAGAAGUUAAGAAAAGAACACUAGACGUUGCAGUGAAAAAUAGCAGGCCGCUUAUUUCACGUGAGAGAAGGGAAUUGGGAAAAGUGCUGAUUGACCUGUCAAAGGAAGAUUUAAUCAAAGGCUUUUCACAAUCGUAUGAGCUGACGGCAAAGAGACGGAGCAGAAGAUGA